GGCGAGUUGAGAUGUUCUCCAGGAGCAAAACUUUCUUAAUAUAUUCAAUCAUUUCAUCUGAUCUUUUUAAUUACGGACUCCAUUAGUCAUUGAGACUUGAACUCCCUGAGAAACAGGAAAAAAAGAAUGGAGAAGCAACAGAAAUCCAGUCAUGUGGUGCUUGUUAUGGUAACCUUUCAAGGUCACUUAACUCCCAUGCUCCAGCUAGCUAGUCUCUUGCACUCAAAGGGCUUCUCAAUCACUAUAGUUCACCCUGAAUUUAACUCUCCUAACCCUUCAAACCACCCCGAAUUCACUUUCAUAUCCAUACCAGACAAGCUCACGGAAUCUCACUUCUCAGAUAAAGAUGCUGCAAGUCCUGUGUGGAAUCUCAACAAAAACUGUGCAGCACCAUUACAGCAAUGCCUCGAAAAGAUCUUGCACUCUCUUCACCAUAUUGCCGCGGUCAUCUAUGAUACACUCAUGUAUAGUGCUCAACCUAUCACCGAGGAUCUAGGGCUACUCGGGAUAGUUCUGCGUACAGGUUCUGCUACAACAAUGCUAUUCUAUCCCGCCUUUUCCCAACUUGAUGAGGAACGAAUAGAUUUUGUGUAUGAAAUUAAAUCGCCAGAGCUUCAAGCUCUUCAGCUUAAACGCCUUCGUGCUUUACUAUCACAGAAUGCAACCAAAGCGAUGACGGAAGUGAGAGUUGCAUUCGCAAAUGUGCUGAAGAGAUCAUCGGCUAUAAUUGUGAACUCAAUGGAAUUUCUUGAACCAGAAGCACUGUCAAAGGUUAAACAAUACUCCCCUGCUCCGAUUAUCACUAUAGGACCAUUACAUAAAUUUGCUCCAGCCAUUUGCAGCUCAUUAUUGACUGAAGAUGAUAAAUGCAUAUCUUGGCUUAACAAACAAGCCCCCAAAUCUGUCAUCUAUGUGAGCUUUGGUAGCAUUGUCAACUUUGAUAAGGAAGAACUAAUUGAGAUAGCAUGGGGACUAUCCAACAGUAAACAACCCUUCCUGUGGGUGGUUAGGCCUGGUAUGGUUCGUGGCUCAGAAUGGAUUGAAUCAUUGCCAAAUGGGUUUGAGGAGAGUGUGGGAGAAAGAGGUUGCAUUGUGAAAUGGGCACCUCAAAAGGAAGUGUUGGCUCAUGCUGCAGUUGGUGGAUUUUGGACCCACUCUGGGUGGAAUUCAACCAUUGAGAGUAUUUGUGAAGGGGUACCAAUGCUAUGCAGACCUUUCUUUGGAGACCAACACUUGAACACAAGUUCCAUCUGUAAUGUUUGGAAAAUAGGCUUGGAAUUGCAGAAUCUCGAAAGAGGGAAUAUAGAAAGAACAAUAAAAAGACUACUGGUGGAUAUGGAAGGAAACGGUAUCCGAAAGAGAGCUAUAGAUCUGAAGGAGAAGGCUGCUUUUUAUCUAAUGGAAGAGGGUUCUACAAGCUGUUCUUUGAACAAGUUAAUAAAGCAUAUAUUAUCUGUUUAAGAAACAUGAAAUCAAACCUCCUUGUGGUUGUACUUUCAGUUUAUGUCAUGUCAUUGUAAUUUGUGUCUUUUUAGUAAGAUGGCAUGUAGAAAAAGCACAAACAUUUGAAGAAUAAACAUGGUACAAUACAUUUCUUUUA